CAGCCUGCACAGUGCGCAUUGAACGAUCGAAGCACGAUGUACGAAUUGUCAAAAGGCCACAGAAUGGUGCUGUCGUUGCUGCUGGUGUCCGCGUUCAUCUCACUCACAUCGGCGACCCUCGUAGCGUCCGAGCAGAACAAUAGCACAUCCAUUCAAGACAGGCUUAGUGCACUCGAGAACAGAAUAACACUCCGAGAUGAGGAGCUCGCUAAAAUGCUUCAAUUGUUACUUGCGAAUCAGAAAGAGAUCCUACGGCUUCUUCAACAGCCAGAUCCAUGUGUGGAGACUUCGUAUGCCACAGACGGUACACAAAAGUUGAGUGGAUGGCGCAGACCCGCGUGUCUACGUGAGCCCAGAUCGAAUAACACACAGUUAACAAGAGGUUCACCGGUAUCAUCAGAUGGUGUGACGCAUCCGGUUGCGUCCGCUUACCAAGAUGUCCGAGCGACAGAUGAUCAACCACGCAGCUGUCGCGAAAUACCUGACGGAAUGUCAGGUGAGGAGACGAUCUACCCAAGCAGCGGUCCUGCUGGUCCAGGUGAACCAAUCGAGGUGUACUGUGAUCAGGACUUCGAGGACGGCGGUUGGAUCGUUAUCCAGAACCGUUUUGAUGGGUUCGUCAACUUCAACCGUAGCUGGGAGAAGUACCGGGAUGGGUUUGGUGACAUCGGCACCGAGUACUGGCUGGGAUUGGACGAGAUCCAUCGGUUGACGGUAGCAGUACCUCACGAGAUCGCCUUCGUCGCAGAAUCCUUCCGAGGUGAACGGCGCUGGGCUAGGUAUAGCUUGUUUGAGAUCGGAGGUGAAACGGACCGUUAUCGACUGCAGAAGCUCGGUGUCUACUCAGGCACGCUUGGAGAUGAGUUCACCUACAACCGAGGUAUGGAGUUCUCGACCUACGACCAAGACCACGAUCAGUACGCCGAUGUGAACUGUGCGCUUCGAACAGCUGCAGGUUGGUGGCAUCGAAGCUGUACCCGUAUCAAUCUAAACGGCAUGUAUGGGAACGAAUCCGGUGUUCGGUUCGCGUACUGGCUCGAUUGGCUACACCUGCAGGGGCUCAAGCGCACUCGCAUCAUGAUCCGGGAGAUCAAAAAACGCCGCAAGUGA